AGGCUGGCUCUCGCCGGUACCUUGGAGGGUGAAGUUGAGAUCCAUUCGCCUGCUGAUAAGUUCUUCAACUUCCUUGUAACUCAACUUCACCAUGUUCAGAACAUCACCGAUCACGUCCAUGAAACUAAGGUGCACCAAGGAGACUGGCACAGCGUUGGUCCUGAUCACGUCAAGCACUGGACUUUUACCGUCGCGUUUGAAAGGGGCAUUAAUAAUGGGGCCGUUGCGAAAUGGACUUACCAGUAUGAGCAGCUCCAUGAGGAUGUGCCUCCUCCACAAGCCUACUUGGACUUUGUCAUUAAGACCACUAAAGAUAUCGAUGCUCAUCUUUUAAAAGCAUAAACAUCAAAUAAAACUACGGCUUCAUGUUUUGCUUCUUCAGGAAAAAGGGAAUCUAUCU